CGGUUCUCCAGCAGAACGUCAAAAUGGACUUUACAGAUUAUGAGAGUUUCCGGCCAAAUAUGAGUCGGGAGGAGAUUUUCGACUGGUUUCAACGCCGGUUGAAUCGCCCUCCUGAAGCAUAUGACAUAUACAAGGUUGCCAAAGACUUUUAUCAGCUGGGUGCAUAUUCAAGGGCCUUGGUCUGCCUUCAGCAGUAUAUAACGCUUCCUGGCGCGUCUAUUCCAGGCCGCCAUCUGUUAGGGUACUGUUUUCUUAAUCUUGGUGAGAUUGAAAAAGCAUUAAGAGAGUUCAAGAAAUGCGUAAAAGAGGGAUACCAUGACGAUUGGCAACUCGUCGUCGAAUUGACAAUGGAGAUGGAGUCAAAGCGACGAAGGGAACAGGACAUGGGCGCAAUCCAGGUGUAAACCAACGAGACGGUGAAUAAAGAGCACUCGCUGUACCGAACUAUUUCUUUGCAAAAUUGUCGUACGAACAAGUACAAGAUACAAUGGGUUAAUUACCACAAGUAUUGCUUCGAAUAGGUGAGACCAUAUUUCCGCACAAGCGGAACCGGUUUCCAAAACCGCCUCACCUACGAGCCACCACAUACACCCAAUACAAUCACC